AUGUGUGAUAACUAUGCAAGAGUUUUAUGUAAAAUGAUUGUAGCACAAAUAGCUAGAAGCAAUGGAUUUCACUCUAUAAGUCAAAUUGCAUGCGAUUCAUUAGCAGAUGUUAUUCAAAUUUAUAUUCAGGAUAUAGGUAUUAGGGCACACGAGUAUAGCGAAUUAUCAUGCAGAACUGAUUCAAAUUUUUUCGAUGUUAAACAAUCAUUCGAGGAUAUGGCAAUUGAUUUACAAGAAUUACAACAAUAUUUACUACAAUCGGACGAAAUACCCUUUGGUCAAGUUGUACCACCAUUUCCAUUACCAACUACAGAUUCACCACAAAAAUCACAAUAUGAACAAUAUGAACAACAAAAACAACCAACACAAGAUUUUCCACUACAUAUACCUUCAUUUUUACCAUCUCCCCCAGAAAAACAUACAUUUUCAAAGACACCAUUAUAUGGUGAAGUAGUUACAGAUCCUUACAAAAUUAAAAAAGUUAAAAAUAAACAAAAGAGACAGGUAGAAAAUUCAUUAAUUAAAUUAACAGAUAUUUCAUCAAAAAAAAUACCAAAUUACGAUAUGAUAAAACAAAAAAUACAUUCAAAAAAAGAAGAGGCAUUAGGUGUAAAUAAUAACAAUGAAGGCGAUUUAGACAAUAAUAAUAAUAAUAAUAUAGAUAAAAAUAAAACAACAACUGAAAAUGGUCACACUAAUGGUAUACAUAAAGAAACCAAUGGUAAACCACCAAUUAUCGAAAAGAUGAAUUUAGAUGACGAUAACAAUAAUAAUGACAGUAAUAAAAAUAAAGAAAAGGAUAAAGAAAAGGACAAAGAAAAAGAAAUUAAAAAAAUUAGUAGUGCAGAUACUAUAGCACCAACACCAUUAGAAUCAAUUAGCAACACAUUUUAUCAAAGAUUAGAGGAAGAGGAUUUAAAGAAACAUGAAGAUACCGCCCCAAGAAGAUCAUUACUUUCCGAAGAGGAUCAAGAAAGAGCCAAAAAAAGAAUGAAAUGCGAAAGAAUUCUCAGUUUUAAUCAUGAAUCUCUUUCAACUAUUAAUGAAGAUGAUAAAGAUAAAGAUGAUCAAUAA